AUGGAGAACCUCCAUGCACCCACCAUUCCUGCGGGACCUACAUCUGGACCGAUCACAAAUGGAACGCAAGCAAGCGGCUUGUCUUUGGCACAGCUCCAAGCAAAGAAAGACAACCUCGAGGCUGAGAUCAGAGCUCUGGGAAGCGUCCUAGAAUCCCAUGGCGUCGACAUGAACACAAGGCUCGUUACUCCAGAUGGAUUCCCUCGGGCAGACCUGGAUGUUGCGCAGAUUCGUACCACGAGAGCGCGCAUCAUCUACCUCAAGAACGACCACAAAUCCCUUAUGAACGUGAUCGAGAAGCAUAUCCACGAGCACUUCGCACGGCUGGCAGAGAGUGGAGUGGAGGACGAGCCUAUGACCAACGGAGACAAUUCCAGAACUCAUAUUUCCACAUCAUCGCAGCCAGAGGUCUUGACGCCCCCAUUCGCCAAAGUCAACAGUGUGGUGGCAACAAGUCCAGCGGACUCUGCGGGGUUGAAGGCUGGGGAUGAGAUUAGGGCUUUUGGAUACGUAAACAGCACAAACCACGAUAGUCUAAAGAGAGUUGCGGAAUGUGUGCAAGGAAGUGAGGGUAUCCCAUCAUUGAUCAUAACAUCCUCGCGACUUCUGGACCAAACCAUUCUCUACCCUCGUCCACCACGAAACACCCCAAAGGUUGGUCCUCCCACUAUUGAUUGUACUUCGACGUCUGCCACAACUGUUGGAACUUCAUCACCUAAGCCUGCGCUGACAACUUAUCGCAGCCUACGAGAUUUUUGCUCUCUGUUUACCUCCCCACCAAAAUCAACCACACACCCAUCUACAACCAUGGCUGAAGCAGCGAACGCCGUCCCUACCUUCAAGCUUGUGCUUGUUGGUGAUGGGGGAACUGGAAAGACCACAUUCGUCAAGCGUCAUUUGACUGGAGAGUUUGAGAAGAAAUACAUUGCGACUCUCGGUGUGGAGGUCCAUCCCCUCGGAUUCAGCACGAACUUGGGUAACAUUCAGUUCGAUGUCUGGGAUACCGCGGGGCAAGAAAAGUUCGGAGGUCUGCGUGACGGAUACUACAUCAACGGGCAGUGCGGUAUCAUCAUGUUCGACGUUACCUCCAGAAUCACUUACAAGAACGUUCCCAACUGGCACCGUGACUUGGUCCGUGUCUGCGAGAACAUCCCAAUCGUCCUUACCGGCAACAAGGUUGAUGUCAAGGAGCGAAAGGUGAAGGCCAAGACCAUUACCUUCCACCGCAAGAAGAACCUCCAGUACUACGAUAUCUCGGCCAAGUCCAACUACAACUUCGAGAAGCCUUUCCUCUGGUUGGCACGCAAGCUUGUCGGAAACCCAACUCUGGAAUUCGUUGCUGCCCCCGCUCUCGCACCUCCUACCGCCACCGUCGACGCUGAGCUUCUUGCACAAUACGCCAAGGAGAUGAACGAUGCUGCACAGAUGCCUCUUCCAGAUGAGGAUGAUGCCGACUUGUAG